UGUGCAGUAAAGUGCUGAAAGUGCAGGAAGUCCUGUCUGAUCAUAACCUCUAAACGUGGCAGUCAAAAAACGGGAGAAACUGAUCCUUCUCUAACAAAAAAUGCUUUCACUCGAUUGAAAGUAGUUCUCGCAAUCGAGAAAAUAAUAGUUACCGUUAAAUUUUUCUUGGUAUGAAUGUGCGCGAGUGUUGAAGAUGAGGAUAUUAUUUAUGACUUUUUGUGUGCUGAUAUUUUUCAACGUUUUCGAUACUUCGUCGGCAUGGGACAACGAAGAAUUAGAGGUUUUCGACGUCGUCGAGGAAGUCAAUCAGAACUUUUACGAACUUAUGGGAAUAUCUCAGGCUGCAAAUUCGUCUGAGAUUAAAAAAGCUUUCAGGAGACUAUCAUUGCAAUUGCAUCCGGAUAAGAAUUCUGCGGACGACGCUGAAAUUAAGUUUAGAAACUUGGUUUCAGUAUACGAUAUAUUAAAAGAUCCCGGUAAGCGAGAACGUUACGACAAUGUUCUCGUUAACGGAUUGCCAAACUGGCGAUCUGGAGUCUAUUACUAUCGCUAUGUCCGGAAAAUGGGAAUGCUGGAGACGACUAUUACUUUAUUCUUUAUUAUAACCGUUGGCCAAUAUCUCGUCUCAUGGGCGGCUUACUUCGAAAAAAGAUACACAUACGAACAAGUCUUGGGUAGUAAAUUGCAGAAAAUGCAGAAAAGGAAUAGAAAGGGCAAAAUGGAUGUACCUGAUUUGGCUGAAAUAUUAGAAAAAAUUCCAACACCCAGUAUGUGGAACACUCUUCCAUUCCAAUUGCCAAGAUGGACUUUUGCUUCCAUCGUUGGGAUUCCAUCGGCAAUUCGUAGUCUCUAUGCAUUAUUUGAAGAAAUGAAACGAAGGAGAAAAGAAGAAGAAGAAGCGCUGGCGCAAGAGGACGAGCCGGAACCGGAACCCGUCCCUCGAGGUCCCAGAAGAAGAAGAGCCGGUUUCACUCCCCAGGAGCGCUGCGAAAAAGCCGCAAAAGAAAUCUACAAAGCAGAGUAUCCUAGCACAAAUCACACGUCUGAAAAGCCAAAGGCGGCUGGCGGUUUGUGGACAGAUGAUGAUAUAUUAGAAUUAAUUAAGCUAGUGAAAAAAUACCCAGGGGGCACUGCUGACCGAUGGGAGAAAAUAGCAGACAUGAUGAAUCGAACAGUUCAUGAAGUCACGCAUAUGGCUAAAAAGGUUAAAGAUGAGGGUCUGAAACCUGGCCAGCCUGGUGAUGAACAACCGGCAGAAGAAAUAAAAAAGGUAAAAACUCGAGUGGAAGUUGCAGAUAGUCUUUCAGACUGGUCCCAGGAGCAACAGAAAGCUUUGGAAGCUGCUUUAAUCAAAUAUCCAAAAGGAGGAUCAAUCGAUAGGUGGGAAAAAAUUUCCGCAUGCAUCGAGGGGAAAACGAAAGAGGAAUGCCAAGUAAGGUAUCGGAUGCUCGUCGAUAUUGUGAAGAAAAAGCAACACACUCAGUAAUAUUUAGGACCGAGUGUGUUCACUUGAUGGAAGACAACAGUGUCAGUGAAUUACUAUUUUUGUUAACGAGCGUUGCAAUGUUCUUCGAUCGAUUUUGUUUUGUUAUUCUCGCGGGCUCAAGAAAUGUGAGUAUUCCUAAUCUACUGAAAAAAUGAUCAAGUUGGUCCAGAAAAACCCUGAAAUAAAAAAAAAAAAUUAGGGUUUUAAAAAAAUAAUGAUUGCUGAUACUACGAUUGCUACUUAAGGAGUCAUAAUAUGUACAGGAAGACUAAACCUUCUUGAGAGAACUUCAGUGGAGAUCUUCAAUCAUCAAUCUUAUUGUAAUUAAUUUUUUUUUCUUUUUAAUCUCCAUAAAAAUGCUCGUAUUUAUUUAAUGAAUUUAAAAGCAAAGAGGAAAAGACUGAAAAGAGGCCAAUCCAAUCGUAAAGUGAAAAAAUAUCCAUAAUCGAUACUAAAAUAGAAAUUUGUUUCUGUAUUCGUAUCCUCACUAACAGUUAAUAUAAUCGAGAAAUAUUUAUUUGAAGAGAAAAUUUGCAGACCGGGAAGAGCCAAUUUUUAAAUUUUCCUCAAAGUUGCUGAAUAUGUUUGGAGUUCUUAAAUUUAGCAUAGAAGUGGUUUUACAUUUUAUUGCGCUGACUUAUUUAUUUCAAGAUGAUAUUGCGCACAUAAAAUGAGUUUCGUGUGCAAUGACACGUUUUUGAAGGUUGUAUAUAUACCAGUUCGCAAUUUUGAAUUCAUUUUAUAAAUUUAAUAUUCAAUGUCCAAUUCUUGCGUCCGCAAUUGUAAAUAUAUAUAAAUAUAUUAAUGGUAUUCUGGAAUGUUUGACUUUCAAGACACAAAAUUACCGAAUUUAGAUUUUAAAAUAUAGUAAAUAUAAUAAUUUGUUCACAAAUUUAUAGUUUUAUUCAUUUUUCGUAAUUAAUAAGAAGCGAUAAGUUUUCGCAGCAUAAUAUUGUUUUUUGGUGAUG